AUUAGGCAGCCCGACUUGACGACUGCCUCGAUUCUCGACGCCAAAUAAUGCUGAACGGCUCAAUCCCUGCUGCUAUAAGGUAUUCACAUUGGCGCAAGUACACAAACCAUCUUGUCUGGAGGCGCGCAUAUCGAGACUUUGAGUUUAGUUGUCAUACUAUACCUUGUAGUUUGAAUGCCGGAUGUCAAGUACCUGGCUUCUGCCUGCAAGAAUACGAAUGCAUGGCGUGCUGUCUUAUUCACAACGCUGCCGCUGGUGAUUCUUUGGGCUUUGAUACAACGGACCUUUCCGCUCAGCCGGCCACCAGUCGAAGUGGGAUGUGCAAACAGGCCUAUAAAGAUUACAGACAUAUAUGUGAUCCACAGCUACUGGAGCAAGGACCGGCGCGACCUGGCGCCCGGCAUCUGCCGCUGGCUGGCGGAGCACGGCGGCCCGCUGGCGGACGUGCCGUGCACACUGGCGCCGGGCUUCUGGGCCUCCGCGGCGCCGCGCAGCGCCAUCCUGGACCUCAUCAAGCAGCGCGUGGUGGCGCCGGAGUCUCAUGCCCGCCCGGUGGGCUGGUAUACCAAGCUGCUUUAUAGGUUCCACAUCAGCGGCGCGGCGGCCCUGUUUGACGAGCAGGAGCAGCCCAUCAGCCUGUCGUACCUGGGCAUCGCCGCCGUGAACGUCAUGGCGCAGAGCAACUGGACGGCGGCCAUGACGCGGGCGGGCGUGCCGCUGCGGGACCGGGUCAACAGGCACCUGCUGCUCAUAGAGGACGACGCCGACUUCAAUGAGGAGCGGGUGGCGAUGCUGCAGCGGACGGUGGCGCAGCUGGACCCCUGCUACGACAUGGUCGGCCUGGACUACAAGGAGAGCUUCUGCUCGUUGCAGCGCUUUAAGGACGGCCUGGCCUCCUGGUUCCUGCCGCGCUCAUGGCGCUCCUCGCCGCACCUGGUGCGAGCCAAGCUGGCCUUCAGCCGCACCACAGGGCUGCUGUUCAGCUACAAGGGCGCGCUGCGGAUACAGAGCGCCAUGCCGGUGACGCGGGAGUUGGACCUGUGGUACCGCGACCUCAUCACGGACGGGCUGCUCAAGGUGUACGUCACGUGCCCGCGAGUGGUGGGCAUCAUGGGCCUGCCCACGGUCACGUGAGGCGCGAGAGGUGUGAAGUGGUUUCAAGGCGUCGGGCUGGGGUUCGUGGGUCGGGGGCCUUUGCAUGCGGAGCGAACGAAGGGGCGAUCGUCGAGUGAUGCUGUCCAAGUGAGCGACGCACGACCGAGUGCAGUAUCAGGUGCACAUACUUGUGUGACAUCCUACGAACUGUCGUCACCGACGCGUGAUAACUGUUUGUACCUGUAUGUGACGUCCAGGCAUGCGUGCGUAGAUUGCCGAGGAUCUUGUCAUGGCGGGAACCUUGGUAGAUGCUGUACGCUCUCCACAUAAUGCAGCGCACGAGGUGCAGUGCGGCGCCAUGCCCCGAGAAGGGAUGUGACUCGCACCUGUCGAAGGAGUACGCAAGGCGGCUGUUGCUGGGUAUUACAACGGGUGUGAAGACCGCCUGGCGGCCCGGCUAGGCCUUCCCUCUCCAGUCACCAUAGCUGUAACCUUGCAUGGCU